GUCAAAAUUUGUCCGUUAGAAUAUAGAAUAUCAGUGGUUAUCUAUUUAACAAAGAGUGAAAGAUAUUUUUCCGACAUAACUGAUCCAGAAACGUUAAAUUUCCACUUUACGUACAUACAUACAUAUGUACAAAAACUUGUUCAUUAAUUUAAAUUGUUCAUUGAAAUUUGCAAAAGUAAUAUUGAAAAGUACCAAUUCCAUGAAGUAAAUUAAGCAUUUGAUUACUUAUAAGUUCUAUUUAAUACUGACGUUGACUUGAUUAUUACUAUUUUCUGAAUUAUUUAUCUAGUUUUCCGGUGAUCAAAGUGUUGUUUCCGGACUAAUUGUUUAACUCGGAGAACUUAAUUCUAUUUACCCCGACAUUUCUUCUUCACCACAAAAUGUCCACCAACGAAAUGAACGAAUUGAUGAGAAACUUUCCCUCUAUGAGACCCUCUACCUGCACAAUUAAUAACCGUGCGCAGUUAAAUGCAGCGCUGGCGAUGGAAAAAUGUAAUAUCGAAACCCCCGUCGUUACAAAGGACAAGAUUAAACUCUGCACGAACAAAGACCGGCACAUUCUUGGGCAAGUACAAUACAUCCAACAAAACAAGACACGGUCCCCCUUGACGCAAACUAUUGUGCGGACGGCGACCACAACGCUGCAUAGCCUUCCCGAAAAUUACUCCGGAAAUUUCGACUUAUCCGAAGCAAACCGGGUGGGAUUGGCGACAUUGGCGAAAAAUCGGAAUACCGUUCUCUGAGGAAAGUUUCUUCUUUGUCGGACGAUUGCGGAAGCGUCGAAAGUCGUUCCGAUUGAAACCGUGGUGGAAGAUCCGAUCGGAAAGUUGGGGAUGAGGUUGGCGUUGUAUAAUUAUUCGGUGGAGUGUUCCGGUUCCACUACGGAUUUUCAGGAGGUUCUACCCCUCGGGAUGUUUCUGGUGGUGAGAAAUCCCUGGUUUAAGUCUACCGCGAGUGGGGGACUUGCUCUCAGAUGUGAUAAUCCAGCCGAGGUGGAUUUUAUGAGUGAAAAGGAGUUGUCUAGACGCUUCCCAGAUCUGACAUGGAACGCACCAAUUCCAUUUCCUUUCCAACAUCUUGUACCCUUUUGGGAUCAAUAUUCUACUGAUCAAGACCGAUUCAAGAAUUUGAAAACUUUGGGCAACAAAGCAUUCGUCUCCAAAAGAUACACUGACGCUGACCGCUUUUACAGUUUGGCGUUGGAGUAUUCCAAAGACGAUGAACAGAAGGUGAUAAUAUUUAGCAACCGAUCUGCCGUCUGUUUAGCGUACGACUGCCUCGGACAAGCCCUUGUCUGGACGGAGAGGGGAUUAGAAUUGGAUAAAACCAACGAAAAGUGUCUUUAUCGCAAUCGAAGGCAUUAAUCGGGUUGAAUAAAGCAGAGCAAGCGGUCCAAUGUGGAUCGUGUACGAAAAUUAUAUGGUGAUGAGGACCACGAAACCGGUGAAGGAACGGGACGAGCUUCUAGUUAAUUAUGUUAACUCAACUCAGGAUUUCGAGGAGAGAGUGGAAUUUUUUGAAUCGCAUGAAUUUGAAUGUGCCUGUACUCUCUGUACGUUGGAGCACGAAGAAUCCACAACCUCAAGAAAUCUUCGAACUAAGACAAUGCAGGAAUUACAACUUUUUAGCGACCAUGACUACCUUACAUAUCCCGCAAAAGUUAAGAAGGCUUUAAAGCUUGUAAAAACUUUGCAAGGUUUGGGCAAGUCUGACCCAGCUUAUAAUGUUUGUCUUUUGCACAAAUCCAUUCGAAUUUUGACUGUAUGUCUUUAUGAGAAUGGAAAUUAUGGGAAAUGUGCAGACCUCCUGGAGAAAUGUAUUUCUGUCGCGGAAACCGUGGGAGAAGGCGUUCCCGGAUUCACGCUUAGGAUUAAUUUGAUUCGAUGCUGGAUGGAAAUGAAGAAUAUUUUAGAGUUGAAGAAACAGUUGGAUAUUUUGAAGAAACAUGCACUUUGUUGGUUUGGAUCCCUAGAUGCCAUUUCCAUUCUUGAUGAAGAUAUGGUCGUAGAUUUGGAAGAAUUAGGAAUUAAGGUUUUUGAUUAAUUGUAAUUAAAAUUAAAAUUACUAAAAAUAAAAUAUUCUUCGUCGAGUCGGCCAACGUCAACUCAUGGUAGUGUUUCUCACGGGUCGGGUUCUUGCAAAUCCGAAACCCGAACCCGAACCCGGUACCACUGAUCCGAAACCCGAGGCCAACCCGAACCCGAAGAACCCGUACCCGUUUGCAGGGACCCGAACCCGAACCCGAACUGGCGGUUCAAAUCCGAAACCCGAACCUGAAAACCCGAAAAUAUUUUUAAUUUUAAGGCAUGGGCUGAAUUUGUACUUAAAAAUUAUUUAAAAGCUUAAAAAUCAACAAUAUUUAUAAUAUUUCAAAAACUGCCCCAGAAUGGCUUUCCGAGACCUUUAGAAAUUUGAAAAUCAGUCCAAAAUUG